AUGGUAGAAGAAAAAAAAGAAUAUCUCUUAAAAGAUAUUGAACCUUAUUUAGAAUGUCUGUUUACGUGUUUUAAAAAUAAAUUUGCAAACGAUAAAAAUACAUUCGAGUGGGAUGAUAGAAAGAAUGAUGUUAUGUACCAACAGACGUUGAGUGCAAUCGAGCAUCUAAUAGAUAACAAUCAACUCUCAAAGUUCAGAGACACCCUCAGAAUCAUGGAGAAUCCACUGUCGUUCUCUUGUAUUCUACUGGACCUGAUAGCAAUGACAGAGCCACUGGUUCCAUACGAACAACGUUUGAAAUGGAUAUUCUACUAUCAUGCCGAGAAUAAUCUUGAAUUAUUAAAGGAUAUGAUACCAAUGUUACCAGAUUUAUUUGAUUUAAUGUAUCAUAUCGGUGUUGAGCAAUCGAAAAGCAAUCAUUUCACACCCAAAUCAAUUGGUUUGGUAUUUGGUGGGCUAGUAGUACGUCCACCUCUUAGUUAUAGUUUACAACAAGGACAACAACAGCAACAACAACAACAGCAGCAUAAUCAAGAUAGACAAAGUGUAGAUAUUAGUUUAAUAGAAGAUUCAUGUAUAUCAUCAAAUAUAUUUGAUAGUUCAUUUGAAUCUGAUUAUGGUGAUGAUUUAAAUAGUAAUUUAACAGAUAACAACAACAAUAAUAACAAUUACAAUAACAGUAAUAAUAAUAUUAUAAAUAUAUCAGCUGAUGCAGUUGCAGGUACUUCAAUAACGAUAUUUUUAAUAGAAAACUACAGUCAGAUAUUUCCAGAGAUUAUGAGUGAGAUCAACGAGAAGGAAAAGAGGAUAAAGGACAAGGCAGAGGAGACAAAGGAACUGCUGGAGAAGCGGUACAAAGAGUUGCGUGGAAAAGUACACGAGACCAUUAGGAGAAUCAAACCGAAACCCGAGGAAUCGGCAAGAGAUAUCGUAUCAAAGGUACUCGACGACAAGGAGUACAAUGAAUUCGUACAGAAACUACAACGCUACAAAGUACAUCCAAACGGUCGCAUCAGUAUAAAGAAAGAAUUACAAAAACGAACUUCUUUAAAUCCAUUCCUCUUUGACAAAGAUUAA